GAGGAGGGCCAUUUUUUCACAGCACUGGAUUUUCUUGCUUUUUCUUUAAAGAUUUUGUUCGUUUGCAAUCUAUAGUUGAAAAGAAAAAUAAUUCUCAGAUCUAGUUGGGUGCGGAUGUUCUUGUGGUCGAAGAAAAGUCUGUCGAUUUUCACUGUUUUGUUUAUCCGUCGGACGGGCGCACAUAUGAAUUUGAGACUGCAAUAUCAAGUCUAAAGUGGUUGAUCAGCAGAAAUUAUUAUACAACCCAAAUACUACACUAUACUGGAGAUCAGCGCAUGAAUUUUUUUGAACAUGUCGACACUUGCAAUCAAUGGAAUACUGGAGAAGAUUACUGGAAAGGAUAAAGAUUACAGAUAUAUGGCAACAUCUGAUCUGUUAAAUGAGCUGAGCAAAGACACAUUUAAAGCAGAUAAUGAAUUAGAGGGCAAAGUAACAUAUGUAGUGCUUCAACAACUUGAUGAUGUAGCUGGAGAUGUCUCUGGGCUUGCUGUAAAGUGCCUUGUUCCGUUGGUUAAAAAGGUCAGUGAGGAUAGAGUUGUUGAAAUGACAAGCACAUUGUGUAAUAGAUUAUUGAAUGGGAAGGAACAACGACGUGACAUAGUAAACAUAGCUUUGAAGACAAUUAUUUCUGAGAUUACAAGUCCAAUUGUUGCCCAGCGUGUGGUUGCAACACUUUGUCCUUUAUUUAUACAAGGCAUCACAAGUGUGGAUACAACUACAGAAAUCAAGUGCGAUUGCCUUGAUAUCUUAUGCGAUGUCCUGCAUCGGUUUGGAAAUCUCAUGACUGCAAAUCAUCAGAUAUUGUUGAAUUCUUUGCUUUCACAGCUAAAUUCCACCCAAGCAAGCAUUAGAAAGAAGUCCGUAGCUUGCCUUGCAUCACUAGCUUCUAGCUUAUCGGAUGAUUUAUUGGGUAAGGCAACAGUCCAGGUAGUUCAGUUACUGCAGAGGAAAAGUACGAAACCAGAUAUGAUCCGCACAAACAUACAGAUGAUUGGAGCAUUCAGUCGAGCUGUUGGGUACAGGUUUGGACCACAUCUAAAUGAAACAGUUCCUCUGCUGAUUAGCUAUUGUAGAAAUGCAUCUGAAGCUGAUGAGGAGCUAAGAGAAUAUAGUUUGCAGGCAUUGGAGAGUUUUGUCCUCCGUUGUGCCAGAGAUGUGGCUGUUUAUUGUGAUGUGAUUUUGGAACUUGCAUUGGAUUACAUAAGUUAUGAUCCGAACUACACUGAUAAUAUGGAAGAAGACACAGAAGACAGUAAUGGAGAGGAGGAGGAUGAAGAGAGUGCUAAUGAAUAUAGUGACGAUGAGGAUAUCAGCUGGAAGGUUCGAAGGGCAGCAGCCAGGUGUUUGUCUGCAGUGAUAACAUCUCGUCCAGAAAUGCUAUUAAAGCUGUAUGAAGAGGCUUGUCCAAGGCUUAUAGAAAGGUUCAAAGAGCGAGAGGAAAAUGUUAAAAUGGAUGUGUUUAAUGCCUUUAUUGAGUUGUUACGCCAGACUGGGAACGUGACUAAAGGAUCAGGGGAUGCUCGACAUUCAAGUCCAUUAUUGAUGUUGAAGCAAGAAGUCCCAAAAAUUGUCAAGUCUCUGAACAGGCAGCUCAAGGAAAAAUCAGUAAAGACUAAGGUUGGGGCAUUUUCCGUAUUGAAGGAGCUUGUGGUUGUGCUACCUGAUUGCUUAGCUGAUCAUAUAGGCUCCCUGGUACCUGGAAUUGAGAAAGCACUUAAUGACAACUCGUCAAACUCAAAUCUUAAGAUUGAGGCACUUGUAUUCACUAGGCUUGUAAUGGCGUCACACUCAUCCUUUGUCUUCCAUCCCUACAUCAAGGCCCUUUCUGGACCUGUUCUUUCUGCUGCAAGUGAUCGUUACUACAAAGUCACAGCAGAGGCACUGAGGGUCUGUGGAGAACUGGUUAAGUCGAUUCGUCCACAGUUUUCGACUCCACCAGUUUUUGAUUUUCAGCCGUAUGUUCACCCCAUUUACAGUACCAUUUUGAUGCGCUUGGCUAAUCAAGAUCAGGAUCAGGAGGUCAAGGAGUGUGCAAUUUCUUGCAUGGGAUUGGUUAUUUCAACAUUUGGUGACAAUCUUCAAGUUGAACUACCUGCGUGUUUGCCUCUUCUUGUUGAUCGCAUGGGAAAUGAGAUAACAAGGCUUACAGCUGUUAAGGCAUUCGCUGUUAUUGCUGGAUCACCUCUUCGGAUUGAUUUGACAUGUGUUCUGGAGCAUGUCUUUGCAGAACUAACAACAUUUUUGCGAAAGGCCAAUCGAGCACUAAGGCAAGCUUCAUUGGGUACUCUGAAUUGUUUAGUUGUUGCUUAUGGUGAUAAGAUCAGAUCAUCUACAUUUGAAGCCAUAAUCACAGAGCUUCCAACUCUCAUAAGUGAUGCAGACCUACAUAUGACUGCUCUAGCAUUGGAACUGUGCUGCACUAUGAUGUAUGAUCAGAAGCGUCACCGAAAUGUUGGGACUGUAGUGCGGAAUAGGGUGCUUCCUCAGGCUCUUGUGCUUGUCAGGAGCUCAUUGUUGCAGGGUCAAGCACUGCAAGCUCUGCAAAGCUUUUUUGCAGCUUUAGUAAAAUCGGCAAACACUAGUUUUGAUGCUCUAUUAGAUUCUCUUCUUUCAAGUGCUAAACCAUCUCCACAAUCAGGUGGUCUAGCGAAACAAGCUCUCUAUUCAAUAGCUCAGUGUGUGGCAGUUCUUUGCCUUGCUGCAGGAGAUGCCAAAUGUGCAUCAACUGUACAAAUGCUGACGAACAUUCUCAAGGACAACAGCAGUGCCAAUUCGGCUCGGCAUCACCUUGCCUUGCUCUGUUUGGGAGAAAUUGGUAGACGAAGAGAUCUUAGUCAACAUGCAAACAUAGAAGGCAUUGUGAUCGAGUCUUUCCAAUCUCCCUUUGAAGAAAUAAAAUCUGCAGCAUCUUAUGCUCUUGGAAACAUAGCGGUUGGAAAUCUCUCUAAGUAUCUUCCGUUUAUUCUGAACCAAAUCGAUAACCAACAAAAGAAGCAGUACCUCUUGCUACAUUCAUUGAAGGAGGUUAUUGCUAGGCAAGCUGUAGAUAAAUCUGGUCAGGUUGACUUGCAGGAUGCAUAUGUUGAAAAGAUACUCAACUUGUUAUUUAAUCAUUGUGAGAGUGAUGAAGAGGGGGUACGCAAUGUUGUUGCAGAAUGUCUUGGGAAAAUUGCUCUUAUUGAGCCAGAGAAACUUGUUCCAGAACUACGGGAAAGAACCUUGAGCCCAUCUGCCUUUACAAGGGCAACCAUGGUCAUUGCUGUAAAAUAUACUUUUGUGGAGCGUCCAGAAAAAAUUGAUCAAGUUAUCCAACCUGUCAUAGCAUCAUUCUUGAUGCUUAUUAGAGAUGAUGAUAGGCAUGUGAGACGUGCAGCAGUUUCUGCAUUGAGUACAGCAGCUCAUAAUAAGCCAAAUCUAAUAAAGGGUCUUCUUCCAGAAUUGCUACCUCUUCUGUAUGAUCAGACAGUUGUGAAGCAAGAAUUGAUAAGGACUGUUGAUCUUGGUCCUUUCAAGCAUACUGUCGAUGAUGGGCUAGAGCUGAGGAAAGCAGCUUUUGAAUGUAUGGAUACAUUGCUUGACAGUUGCCUUGAUCAGAUUGACCCAUCAUCCUUUAUUAUUCCCUAUCUUCAAUCAGGCUUAAAUGAUCAUUAUGAUGUCAAAAUGCCUUGCCACCUCAUUCUUUCAAAGCUCGCAGACAAGUGUCCCUCUGCUGUUCUGGCAGUUCUUGAUUCAUUGGUGGAACCACUGGAAAAGACCAUUAAUCACAGGCCAAAGCAAGAUGCUGUGAAGCAGGAAGUAGAUCGCAACGAGGAUAUGAUUCGUAGUACACUACGUGCAAUUGUUUCUCUCAAUCGUAUAAGUGGUGGGGAAUGCAGUGCUAGAUUCAAAAUGCUCAUGGACUCUAUUAAGAAGUCCAGUCAUCUAGCUGAUAAAUACAGUGCUGUUCGACAUGAAAGUGAUACAGUCGUGACUAGCGAUGCUAUGGAUAUUAGUUAGGCUUAUCAAUAUUUGAAAAGUAUAUUUUUAAUAAUUCUAGCACUGUAAUGUUGCGAAAAGGCAAUCUGUACAUUUCAAAGAAUGUUUAAGGAAGGGAGAUUGAGUGUCUAGUUUUGUUACCUCGGCAUUUAUGCUUUAGUUUCUCUCCACUGGAUUUGCUUGGGAAGCACCAUAUAUUUCUGCAAGAGCUGUUCCAUCCUUCAUUUAUAUUUGUUGUUCAAUUGGGAUCAGCAUAACUUGGUAAAAAUUAUUUCGGACAAUUUUGCACUCAUUUAGAAGUAGACAUGAAGUUGUGCAUGCCUAUGCAUUUCUUCUUGAACACUGUAUAAUAGCUUCAUGGGCCACUUUUCUGAAUUGAAUAUCUAAAUGGUGGUCAGUACCUACUUCUGAACAGACAUGCAAAACUAAAACUACUGAAAUGUGUUAUGACUCGUCAUCACAGAAUUUGAAAGUUUUGCAAAAAACCAAUAAAAUGAAAAAUACAGCUCAGGGCAGGCUGUGGGCUGUCUCCUAUGGCUCCAUACGGUUCCUUUUUGAAAAAUAUGUAGGACUUGGAUGUAUAAAUAUAUUUGAAAUUGCUUGGA